AUGGUAAGGCUAGGUUAGGGUAAAGUCUGCCAUUUUAAAGCCAAAACGUGUCAAAACAACCCAAAAUAUCAUUUUAAAAACGUAUUUGUUUGUAUUAGAAAUUACCUCGAUUAGACUGUUUUUAAAACGGCACCUGUUACGUAGGAGGCUAUUUAAAAUUAGUAAAAAUAGUCUAAACAAAUACCUAAAAAUACAGAUAAAAGCAAUGUUAUUAUCUAUGGACAAAAAUUCCUGUUUUGCUAGACAAAGUAACCACUUGAUGUGACAGUUUGGCGGGUUAGGCACGGUUUAUGGGGUUAAGUAAGGUUAAGUAGUAGUAAGCUUUAAAAAUUUAUGGAUAACUGCAAAUAUUAGAAUAGGGCUAGAUUAGGACUGGUACAAGGCUAGGUUAAGGCUAUGUUUAAGCUAGAGUAGAUAAUAGGGAUAGAAAUAGAAUAACAUUGAAUCAGGACUGGGCUAGAGGUUAAACGAAGCCAAGAUUAAGAGGCAAGACAAGGGCAGGGUUUGGGUAAGGCUAGCUACUAUGAAGUCGGGAGGAGGAGGAGGAGGAGGAGGAGGAGGAGGAGGAGGAGGAGGAGGAGGAGGAGGAGGAGGAGGAGGAGGAGGAGGAGGAGGAGGAGGAGGAGGAGGAGGAGGAGGAGGAGGAGGAGGAGGAGGAGGAGGAGGAGGAGGAGGAGGAGGAGGGAGGAGGAGGAGGAGGGAGGAGGAGGGAGGAGGAGGAGGAGGAGGAGGAGGAGGAGGAGGAGGAGGGAGGAGGAGGGAGGAGGAGGAGGGAGGAGGAGGAGGAGGAGGAGGAGGAGGAGGAGGAGGAGGGAGGAGGAGGAGGAGGAGGAGGAGGAGGGAGGAGGAGGAGGAGGAGGGGAGGAGGAGGAGGAGGAGGAGGAGGAGGGGGAGGAGGGAGGGGAGGGGGAGGAGGGGAGGAGGGAGGAGGAGGGGAGGGGAGGGGGAGGAGGAGGGAGGGAGGAGGGGGAGGAGGAGGGGAGGAGGGAGGGGGAGGGAGGAGGAGGGAGGAGGGAGGGAGGAGGAGGAGGGGGAGGGAGGAGGAGGAGGAGGAGGGAGGAGGAGGAGGAGGGAGGGGGAGGGAGGAGGGAGGAGGGAGGGAGGAGGAGGAGGGAGGGAGGGGAGGAGGGAGGGAGGGAGGAGGAGGGAGGAGGAGGAGGGAGGAGGAGGGAGGAGGGAGGGGAGGGGAGGGGGAGGAGGAGGAGGGAGGGAGGAGGAGGGAGGAGGGAGGAGGAGGAGGGAGGGAGGAGGGAGGGAGGGGAGGGGAGGGAGGAGGAGGGGGAGGAGGGAGGGAGGAGGAGGGGAGGGAGGGAGGAGGAGGGAGGAGGAGGAGGAGGAGGAGGAGGAGGAGGGAGGAGGAGGAGGAGGAGGAGGGAGGAGGGGGGGGGAUGAAAAAAAGAGUGAGAAGUUGGGAAGUAAAAAAGAGUAAAAGGUAG